GCUCCGCAUAGAGCGGAAGUGCCUUGUGGUGACGUGCUGUACGUAGAGCGGAAGCCUCCAAUCAGUGUACAGUUGUGUCGCUGCGGCUAACAUCGACCCCCGGGAGAUCCUUGAGUUUCCCAACAUGAGUAGCUCAGAGGAAGUGUCGUGGAUUUCUUGGUUUUGUGGUCUACGGGGGAACGAGUUCUUCUGUGAGGUAGAUGAGGACUACAUUCAGGACAAGUUCAAUCUUACAGGACUCAAUGAGCAAGUUCCCCAUUACAGACAAGCCCUGGACAUGAUCCUGGAUCUGGAACCUGAUGAGGAGCUGGAGGACAACCCUAACCAGAGUGACCUGAUCGAGCAGGCUGCUGAGAUGCUGUAUGGACUGAUACAUGCGCGCUAUAUCCUCACUAACCGUGGCAUUGCCCAGAUGUUGGAGAAGUACCAGCAGGGAGAUUUUGGCUAUUGUCCUCGUGUUUACUGUGAGAAUCAGCCAAUGCUGCCUAUUGGGCUCUCUGACAUUCCUGGCGAGGCCAUGGUGAAGCUCUACUGCCCUAAGUGUAUGGAUGUGUACACACCCAAGUCAUCCAGGCACCAUCACACUGAUGGAGCCUAUUUUGGCACUGGCUUCCCCCACAUGCUCUUCAUGGUGCAUCCUGAGUACCGGCCAAAGAGGCCUGCCAACCAAUUUGUGCCCAGGCUUUAUGGUUUCAAGAUUCACCCAAUGGCUUACCAGCUACAGCUGCAGGCAGCCUCCAGUUUCAAGAGUCCCGUCAAAGCCAUCCGCUAAGAACCAGGGCAGGGCGGGGUGGGUUGUGUGUCGUGUGUCCAUCAGCCUAGCCUCACUCUUCUCCAACAAUUUUAGAUUCGACCAAGACUAAAGUUUAAAUACGGAAAGAGUGAGACUAUAAAACACUCUGUGGAGAAACAAAAACCUUACCUCUGAAACACUGUACAGAAAACGGGAUGUUCCAAUCUAACCUCCACAUAGAAAAUGAAGUUAUAAUUAAAGAUAGAUACCUGUAGGAUGGCUCUGCUCACUCUCUGGUCCUGUUUGUUUUAGUUCGCUAAGCUUAAGUAACGUUCACAUACAAGAGCGUCAUGAAUUGACAUCUUAUCAGUUCAUAACGUGAUGUAUGGUUGAAUAUUAAAGUGUGGUUCAUCGAUCGUUUAAAGCUCAGAGAUAUCGUCAUUCAGUGCCCUCCUUUGUACAACCAGAUAUUUGGCUUUCCUUAAAAAGGCUGUUGCAUGAAAAAGGCAGUAUAUUUUGGAUUUGUUUUAAGCUCAGAGUAAGCUGGGAUCGUCUACGACUUUUCUUUGUUGACAGACUGCCAAGCUUUCAGUGCAUGUAUUAGAAAAGACCAGAAAUGGGAAGAUCAGGAAACUGUCUCUGUCUCAAGUAGACCAGUGUUUUGUCUCAAUCAUCAGUCCUGCACUCUUUGUCAGAAUGACACUAACCUGCUCAGUUCCUCUGGUGUCAAGAUUACUUCAGAGAGAUUUUACUAGGUUUACCACAGACCCACAAUUAGGAUGUCUUUUUUUAUGUUUGGUAUGGGCCCAGGUUUUUCCUUCUCGUUUAAAGUAUUUCUUCUGGUAGAGAGGCGCAAGAAUAGAAUAUCUAAAUCAUAAGUUUGAAUGCAUUUGAAGUUUUUUCUUUUUAAAUGUUGAGUGUUGUUUUUUUCUUCUUUACAGCUGUUGAGGAACCAGGGUUCAGAAUUAAUAAAUGUUUUUUCUUAA